UUCUCUCUCUUCGGUUUUCUGAGGAGUAAAAGAUUCUAAAGAAGCAAACACACCGUAACCACCCCACAACCCCAAAAACCCACAGUCGUUGGUUUUACUCAGUCCACUCCCUCCAUGGAGCCUCCGGCGGCGGCGCCACUUCAGCCUCACUACCCCGACUCCCUCGACUCGUCCCCGCGCUCCCGCAACACCGACUCCUGGGACGACCCUCUCCCGCCGGCUUCCCGGCUCCGGCUCAUGUGCAGUUACGGCGGCCAUAUCGUCCCCCGCCCGCACGACAAGUCGUUGUGCUACGUCGGCGGCGACACUCGCAUCGUCGUCGUCGAUAGGAACACCUCGCUUUCCGACCUCUCCAAUCGUCUGGCGAAGACGCUGUUGAACGGCCGGCCGUUCACGCUCAAGUAUCAGCUGCCGAGCGAGGACCUGGACUCGUUGAUCUCGGUGACGACGGAUGAUGAUUUGGAUAAUAUGAUCGACGAGUUUGAUCGGACGGCCAGUCAUAAUUCGUCGGCCAAGCCGGCGCGGAUUCGGUUGUUCCUGUUUCCGUUGAAGCCGGAAUCCACGCAGUCGAUGGGGCCGAUGCUCGAUAUGCCAGCGAAGACGGAGGACUGGUUCCUCAACGCGCUCAACGCCUCAUCCGGGAUGCUCAACCGCGGAUUCUCCGACUCCGCCUCCGUGGAUUGCUUGCUCAGUCUAGACGACGGCGACCGCGGCGGCGCUGCGAACAAUUCGGAUUCGAGAGGAGGAGACACGGAGGCUUCUGCGGCGGCGAAUUGCAAGAACGGGAGGCCGGACGUUCACUCUGUCCCUGAUUCGCCGAUGCUUGAAAACUCGUCGUCGUUUGGGUCAACCUCGUCGUCUCCGUCGCUGGCCAAUUUGCCUCCGAUUCGGGUCCACGUGGAAGACGGCGGUGGUAGUAGUCAUGGCGGGAAUAGAGUGCAGGAUCAGAAGGUUGGGAUCGAAGAUCAGUUUGCUCAGAUGACUAUGGGGAUGGCUGGGCAGCAGAAGCAAGACGAUGUCGGCGGCUUUGUGGUGCUGUCUUCACCGCCGCCGUUGCCGACUACUAUUGUGCCUUCCUCUGCGGCGGUGAGUUCUUCUUCAGCCCCUGAUUACAUGAAUCGGGUGAUCUCCGACGACGAGCGAUCCGAUCACGGUGGAUAUCGGAAACCACUUCCUCCUCAGCCUCAACAGCAAGCGAGUCUACCUCAGUCCCAACCCAAAUCUACCGGAGUUUUUGAUUUGCCGUCGCCGGAUUCCGUGUCAAGUGAUCAUAGUUUAUCGAAUGCUGCCAUAUCUCGCCCUAAACCAGUAAUUUAUCAAGAACCACUUGCUCAGAUACCAUCUGGAACCCCUACCAGGUUUCCCGCAAACCUUGUUGAUCCGAGAACAAAUGUCUCCGAUGCAAACUCUCGGGUUCAGAUGCAACAGCAGGUUCAGGAUUCAGGGUAUGUAUUACAAAACCAAUACGAUCAACAACUACAACAGCAGCAUCAGCAACAGCAACUGCUUCAGCAGCAACUACAACAGCAGCAACAAUUUAUACAUCCCGGUGCACAUUAUAUGCAUCAUCACCCUGCUGGGUCUGUGCCAAUUCAGGCAUACUACCCUGUAUAUCCUUCUCAGCAGCAACAGCAGCACCAGCAGCAACAGCAGCAACAGCAGCACCAGCAACAACAGCAUCACCAGCAGCAACAACAGCAUCACCACCAUCAUCCUCAGCUAGAUCAGCAGCAGCAGCAGCAAUACCAAGUUUAUUACAUGCCCGCAAGACAGGCCGCGCCGUACAGCAAUAUGCCCCUGCAGCAAUCGCUGCAGUCCAACAAUAGUGAAGCUGCUUCUGCUGCUACUAUUGCUUCUAGCCGCUCUCAAACGCCUCCCAAUCCCAUGCUCUCUCCCACUGCAGCUUACAGCCAGAUAAGGAAUGCUCCCAUUGUCAAACCCGAAAUUGCUGCUGGUGUGUACAGGACAGCAACUACAGGUGCUGUUCCUCCCACUCAGCAUCAGCCUCAGCCUCAGCCUCAGCAACAAUAUGCCGGUUACGCACAGGUUAAUCACCCAGCUCAAUCAGCUGUUCCCGUUUCGACGGGUGCUGUUAAUUAUGCGUAUGAAUAUGCUGAUGCUUCUCAUGCUCAGCAUGCCCAGAUAUACUAUACUCAGCCCCUCACACACGCAAUGACUUCUCAGUACCAAACCAUGACAGCAGCUGCUGCCAUGGGGCUGCCGGAAGUUUCUGCUCAGCUUCCCAAUGACAACAUCAAACAGCAGCAGCAGCAGCGAUGAGGAUGAGGACUUUACAGCCUUUGUAAGUCAGCUUUCAGAAGGAAGAAACAAUUUUGGAGAAAUGGGAUGCCUGGUUUAUGUUUAAAGUAUCUAUGUCUUUGGUAAUUGGAUUGUGGUAUGUAUUUGUGAUAGAUAAUAAGGAACUUGGUGGUACGUUUUCGAACUCGUUCGUGUAUGUCAGAUUGUUUCUCAUUGUCAUAGAGACUCAUAGGAAAUGAAAAGGUGGUCUGAGAUUAUACUGUAAAAGUUGGAAAUUCAAAAACAUAUUGUGUGCUUGUGCA